GUAUAAGAACAAUAAAAUUGUGGGUUUGUCAAAAUAUUACUUUGUAAUAUAUUUUAGUGUUAUUUUCCACAACAUACAAACCAAAGUAUAGUUUCAAAACAAGUGCUAUUACAAUUUAGGAAUAAAAAAUGCUUUUGACUUCGUCAUGGAUCGUAGAUACCAUAAUAUUGACAGUAACACUAAGCUUGCUGGUGUACAAAUAUCUCACAAGGCAUUUUGACUAUUGGAGGAAAAGAAAGGUCACCCAUGAGAAACCUAUGCUACUUUUUGGAAACUUCUAUGAAGUUUUCACCUUUAAAACAACUAUUCAAGAGCACAUAAAGAAGAUUUACGAUAGAAUAGAUGCUCCAUAUUUUGGAAUUCAUAUUCUUGAUGAACCAAUACUAGUUUUAAAAGAUCCCAAGUUGGUUAAAGACGUUCUAAUCAAAGAUUCUGCUGUGUUUGCCAACAGAAGACCUGCCACACCUACACAUCCUCUUAUGAAACACGCAUUAUUCUUUCUGAACUAUCCUCACUGGAAACCUCUUAGAGCUAAAAUUACUCCAGUUUUCACUUCUGCUAUGUUAAAAAAUGCACACAAUCAAUAUUUGACUGACAUCGGUCAAUCCAUGACGAAAUUUUUGAACAAAAAUAAAGAAACCAUAGAUAGCAGACGUAUUGGGGAAUACUUUGCAUCAGAAAUGAUCUUCAAAUACUUUUUUGGAGCUAAUGCUAACUGCUUCGAAGAUAUACCAUCUGUAUUUGAACCAUACGUAAAAAAGAUGGGUGAAUUCAGUGUUAGAAACGCCGUUAUUCAAAACCUGUACUUUAUCAAACCAUCGUGGGUAACGUUCUUGAAGCUGGAUUUCAUCUCAGAAAGUAUAAUGACAUUUUUUGAACGUGUUUUUAAAGAAGGAAUGAUAAACAGGAAAAGUUAUGAUGGCAAGCCACAAACUUUUGUCGAUAUGGCAAAUAAAGCUGUGAGAGAAACUGAAAGUGGGAAGGAGGAUACCCUAGAUUUCAAUAUGUCCAUCUCGACUGCAAUAUUCUUCCUCAUAGCUGGCAGAGACACUUUGAAUACAUUAAUUGCUUUUACUUUGUAUGAAAUUGCUAUGCAUGAGGAUAUCCAAGACAAACUCAGAGAAGCCAUCCAAGAAAAUGUAGAAAAGUACGGAGGCAUUACCUAUGAGGGAGUACACGACAACAAAUAUUUAGACAUGUGUAUUAAAGAGUCAAUGAGAAAAUAUCCUCCUAUACCGUUCCUGGAUAGGAUGCCUUUGUCUGACUACACACUAGACGGUACUGAUUUAGUGGUCAAAAAGGAUAUGACAGUAAUAAUACCAUUCUUUGCACUUCACAGGGAUGAAAACCUUUUCCCUAACUCUGAUGGAUACGAUCCAGAAAGGUUCAGAGAAGAAAUACAAUCAGAGGGACUAUUUUACCUUCCGUUUGGAGCAGGUCCCAGAGCUUGUAUAGGUAAAAGACUUGGACUGUUAGGUUUAUUGGUAUCAUUAUCAUAUAUAGUACUUAAUUUUAAAGUAGAAAAAUGCCCAGAAACUCCAUCGAAGAUUGAAUUUGAACCCAAAAGUUUUCCAUUGGUUUCUAAACAAGGACUGCCUCUUCGAAUUACGCCUAUUGAAAAUAAAUAAAAGCAACAUUGUAAUGAAGAUUUUUUAUGUUAAAAAAUUAUUAUAUGAAUAAAAUAAUUAUGUAGUUGUUAGUAAGUUAA